GUGCGUGGUCGCCGGCCCGGCCUCUGCAGUCCCCGCCGAGCCCCGACCCUCCUGGCCGCCCCCACCUCACCUCGCCGCCAUGCGCCUCCGCCGCCUAGCGCUGUUCCCGGGCGUGGCGCUGCUCCUCGCCGCGGCCCGCCUCGCCGCUGCCUCCGACGUGUUGGAACUCACGGACGACAACUUCGAGAGUCGCAUCUCUGACACAGGCUCUGCGGGCCUCAUGCUCGUCGAGUUCUUCGCCCCCUGGUGUGGACACUGCAAGAGGCUUGCCCCUGAGUAUGAAGCUGCAGCUACCAGGUUAAAAGGCAUAGUCCCAUUAGCAAAGGUUGAUUGUACUGCCAACACAAACACCUGUAAUAAGUAUGGAGUCAGUGGAUAUCCAACCCUGAAGAUAUUUAGAGAUGGUGAAGAAGCAGGUGCUUAUGAUGGGCCCAGGACUGCCGAUGGAAUUGUCAGCCACCUGAAAAAGCAGGCAGGACCAGCUUCAGUUCCUCUCAGAACUGAGGAAGAAUUUGAGAACUUCAUUAGUGAUAAAGACGCUUCUGUGGUGGGUUUUUUCAAGGAUUUAUUCAGUGAAGCUCACUCUGAGUUUCUAAAAGCAGCCAGCAAUUUGAGAGAUAACUACCGAUUUGCACACACCAAUGUUGAGUCUCUGGUGAACAAGUAUGAUGAUAAUGGAGAGGGUAUCACUUUGUUUCGUCCUUCACAUCUGAUAAACAAGUUUGAGGACAAGACUGUGGCAUAUACAGAACAGAAAAUGACCAGUGGCAAGAUUAAAAAGUUUAUCCAGGAAAACAUUUUUGGUAUCUGCCCUCACAUGACAGAAGACAAUAAAGAUUUGAUACAGGGCAAGGACUUACUUAUAGCUUACUAUGAUGUGGACUAUGAAAAGAAUGCGAAAGGUUCCAACUACUGGAGAAACAGAGUGAUGAUGGUGGCAAAGAAAUUCCUGGAUGCUGGAAACAAACUCAGCUUUGCUGUAGCUAGCCGCAAAACCUUUAGCCAUGAACUUUCUGAUUUUGGCUUGGAAAGCACUGCUGGAGAGCUUCCUGUUGUUGCCAUCAGAACUGCAAAAGGAGAGAAGUUUGUCAUGCAGGAGGAGUUCUCGCGUGAUGGCAAGGCUCUUGAGAGAUUCCUGCAGGAUUACUUUGAUGGCAACCUGAAGAGAUAUCUCAAGUCUGAGCCCAUCCCAGAGAGCAAUGACGGGCCUGUAAAGGUAGUGGUAGCAGAGAAUUUUGAUGAAAUAGUGAAUGAUGAAAAUAAAGAUGUGCUGAUUGAAUUUUAUGCUCCUUGGUGUGGUCACUGUAAGAAUCUGGAGCCUAAGUAUAAAGAACUAGGAGAGAAGCUCAGAAAAGACCCAAAUAUUGUCAUAGCCAAGAUGGAUGCCACAGCCAAUGAUGUGCCUUCUCCAUAUGAAGUCAGAGGUUUUCCCACCAUCUACUUCUCUCCAGCCAACAAGAAGCUAAAUCCAAAGAAAUAUGAAGGUGGACGUGAAUUAAGUGAUUUUAUUAGCUAUCUACAGCGAGAGGCUACAAACCCCCCUAUAAUUCAAGAAGAAAAACCCAAGAAGAAGAAGAAGGCACAGGAGGAUCUCUAAAGCAGCCAAACAUACCACUUUGUAAAAGGACUCUUCCAGCAGAGAUGGGAACACCAUUGGGGAGGACUGAGAUUCAUAUGAGAUUGUUACCUCUGAGGGCUGAGAGGACAGAAUGGAUAUAAUCUGAAUCCUGUUAAAUUUUCUCUAAACUGUUUCUUAGCUGCACUGUUUAUGGAAAUACCAGAACCAGUUUAUGUUUGUGGUUUUGGGAAAAAUUAUUUGUGUUGGGGGGAAUGUUGUGAGGGUGGGGGGAAUUGAGUUGGGGGGUUAUUUUCUAAUUUUUUUUGUACAUUUGGAACAGUGACAAUAAAUGAGCCCCCUUUAAGCUGUCUUUUUUCCAUGAGAUGGGGAACCAAAGGUGCUCUAAACCAGUACUGUCCAGUAGAAUUUUCUGCAGUGAUGGAAAUGUCCUGUAAUCUUCAUUGUCUAAUAUAGGUAGAUAUUGAGCAUUUGAAAUGUGGCCAGGAACUACAUUUUAAAUUUUCGUUAAAUAGUCAGAAUUAGGCCUAGUGGCUACCAUAUUGCUCAGUACAGCUGUAGACCAACUAACUGGGUCUGCAGUUAUCACCUGUAGAUCCUUUCCAAAUUUCUUCUCUUUCUGUCUUUACAUGUUUAUUGCCCAGGCUCCUAGCCUGAUGAUUAGAACAGGUGAGGGACCUUUCUUGUUGGGCUGUUUCUGGCCCUGCCCAUGCCCUAAAGAUGGGUUGCUGUUUAUCCUUGCCAUGGAGUUGAGCAUGUUUUUACCUCCCAAGGGCUAUUCUCUGCCCAGAAAUUCCCUGUGUGGGUGUGGCAUCAGGUUGGGUUUCCAUCCAAGUUGUUUCAGGAAUUGCUGACACUGUUGGGUGCAGCCCUCUCCCCUAAAGCCCCAGGGUGUGGCCCAUUAACUUCCCUCUCCAGUGGAACUGGGAAAGGCAGUAUCAUUCCUGGUUGUGAGUGAAGCAUCCACUUUCUUCUGGAACAAUGAGGAAUGAAAAGGAUAGGACUGGUGUGAUGUUUUGUUGAAAUGAAUUAAACCAUUUCCCUCUUCC